UUAUUACAGACAAGGGUGCUGAACCAGGAAGAGAUGGAGAAAAUAAAACGUGAAAAUCCUACAGUUAUGGAUAAGACCCGAGCUGUGAUUGACUCUGUUAUUCGCAAAGGGGCACAGGCAUCCCAAAUUUUCGUUACAUACAUUUGUGAAGAAGACAGGUACCUGGCAGGGACGCUGGGACUUUCAGCAGGUCCGAUACCUGGAAAUUAGCUUAGUACACAAGACUCCCAAGGAGGACUUUCUUUCUUCCCAGCUCCUCAGGCAGUACAGGACAACCCAGCUAUGUCCACAUCCUCAAGCCCAGAAGGCAGCAUCAAGCUUUGCUUUCCAGAAGAACCUCAAAGGAUAUGGAAACAAAAGUCAGAGGUGCCAUGUUCAGAAUACAAUAAUAAAGUGGAGUGAAAGAUACACUUCAGGCAGUUCUGAAAUUCAAUGGCUUUUUCUUUGAAGCAAUUUUAUUGAGCGGUUCUGGAGAAUCAUACUUCUGCUCCCCUUGCAUAAAGGAUUUCUAUAUCCUAGAAUCCCAGGUUUAUGUAAAGAGCUGCAAACUGGAACUCAUAAAUUAUCGUAGUCUU